AUGCCAUUCGUAAAUAUGAAGGAUGUGGAUAUUAAACAACCUGUUUUUGGAGCAAAUCGGAUUGUUGGUCGGAUAACAGCUGAUCCUAAUGGCGGUUGGCAGGGUGAAGCCGAAUUUUCCAUCACUUUCAAGAGAGGAGGAGCGAUAGAAUUUGGCACAGCCCUGAUCGAACUUGGCCGCCGAGCAUGUGAAGCUAAGCGAACUUUCCAACCUCCGCCUCCUUAUUCUUUCCAGGAUUACGGGCCUUCAGAAUUUUAUGCGUGUCCGCCUCCUGUUUAUUCUCCACCUCAGAUGGACCCGUACUAUGGCUUCGUCCCGCAACACGAAGCAUUCAGUGUACCGAAUGGUAUGUCUGAGUAA